UACACCUGCGCAUGAAUGAAGGAACUUCUGCGCUUGCGCAUCUUCUACUGCCCGGUAGCUGAUGCAAGAAAUCCGAAACUGACUGGUUUGGUUGGUUAAAACACAUACUGCACGGGAUUUUCUGCAUUAUCUGUCAUAACAUAGUCUGGAAACAUGUCGGGAGACGACGAGGUAACUAAUCCCAUUUUAUAUAGUGAUUUACCAUUGUAAUUCGUCUUCAUGAGAAACGUCAUUAUGGCCUACACAUGUGUGAGCAUGACAUGAGGGCGGCAGCAAGCUAGCUAGCUAACUACUGGCUAACGUUAGCCACCCCAUAUGUUAUUGCUGGUUAGCUGCUUCGUCUCAAUAAAAUGGUCAGUAAAACCCUAGCUAUGUAGCUGGCCAACUAUUUGUUAUUGUGUGAACGUGUGAUUCAAUUUAUUUGGCUGACAUUGACAAGCAGUUGUCAGCCGUUAGUGGUUGUUUCGUGGUUGACAAUGCAAUAGCUAGCUAGCUACUAUAGUUAGCUAACAGACAGUUCUUCAUUGUGUGCUUUAAUGGAAGUGAUUCGUCGCUGCUAGCUACCCAUCCAUCCAUAUGGCCAACAGUCUAAUUGUUGUUGCCAUCUGAAAUAUGAGCAUAUACGGAUCCACUUCGGAAUUUGAUUAAUUGUUUAGCUAGCUAGUUAAAUACUAGUCUGAUUAAUCGGGCUGUAAUACACAAUUUAUAGUAGUUAACAUUACAGCCUGACAGUAAUGCCUGCAAAAUCAUCUAAAUGUUCCUUACAAGUCAGAAUGUUGAAUAAAAUUACAGUUAAACUACCGGUUGUCUGUGCUGUUUGUCCUUCAGCUGCUCGAAAUUUGAGACAAAAUAUCCACAGAAAAGUAUUGUUUACCUAGAGAGCGCGGAGGUAAACUUAGUUUUAUAUUGGAUAUUCGAUGUCUCUCGUCAAUAGCUAUUGAACAAAGCAUGUUAUGACAAUAAAAAUAGUAUAUUCUGAAUCAGGAGGAUAAAGAACACAUUUUUAUUGUGUGAAUGUAUUUAUUUCUUUGAUGUUUAAAAUGCGGAAUAAUAAAAAUGAAAGAUAAACACACAUUGUUGAUUGUUCUCCAUCCUCCCCUGAUUCAAUAUACAAUGUUUGUCAUGACAUGCUUGGUUCAAUAGUGAUUGACGAGAGAAACAAACCUACCAGCACUGUAUAAAGUAGGGUAAACAAUACUUUCCUGUGGAUAUUUUGUGUCAAAUUUCGAGCAGCAGAUGGAAAACCGCACAGACAACCAGUAGAGUAAGUUUAAAUGGAAUUGUAUUCAACAUUCUGGCUUGUAAGGAGCAUUUACAAGCUUUUGCAGGCAUAAGUGUCAGGCUGUAUAUACCAAUUAAUUGUGUAUUCCAGCCUGAUUAAUCAGGAUAGCGAAAUACUAACUAGUUACUGACAGCCAGUUCUUUAUCAUAUUGACAGUAAACUAGCUAACAUUACCCAUGAAUUCCUUAUCAUGAUGCGACUCUGACUAUUAACACGUAGUCUGCCAAUAUUUGUCAUCCCCAACCGGCUUUAAGCUAGCUAGCUAUAUUUGCAAGAUGUAAUACUGACAUUGUCAUAGGGGUCAGCCAUUCGUAACACAUUCCUUUUGGCAUUGUGCUUUGCAGAUGAUAUUUGACCCCAACAUGUCCAAGAAGAAGAAAAAGAAGAAGAAGCCUUUCAUGCUGGAUGAAGAAGGAGGGGACGGUGCCAGUGACGAUGCUCCACAGCCAGAAACGAAAGAGGUGGAGGUGGAUGGAGGAGAGGACAGAGAGGUGGACUUUGACGAGGAUGAGGGAAGGAGGAAAGGUGAGGAAGGCGAGACCUUAACAUAAUAUCAACCUAAAGGGUGAAUUUGCAUGUAGUCAAUGCUUUUGUAAGACCUUUGUAAGCAAAACGUUUUGAUCUUGGUUUGUUUGCCAGAAAUCUCAGAUGACCUGGAUGACUUAAAUUUCUUCAACCAGAAGAAGAAGAAAAAGAAGAAAGCAAAGACAUUUGACAAUGACGUAGAGGAGGGAAUGAAGGUAUGUUUUGGGUCAAGUGCCCAGAGAGCUAGCCAGUGGGCUUUGGGUGUAGGAUGUUGCCUUUUUUUAACACGUUUUCACAAGAGCGUCUGUCAAAUGAGGGAAAUGUUAAUGUUUGUUGACUUAACUGCAAAAUGGAUUCCUGUCAAUCUUGUUGUUGGUGCACAUCAUGUCUUAUAUUUAGAUAUAUAUCCUUGCAUAUGUGGAAAGUUAAAAUGUUAUGUUUCUUUCAAUUAUACAGUGUAUGACUAUCUGUUUUGGCAUGACAUUGUAGUAUGUAUUACAUUGACUGUAUUGCAAAACUGUCCAUGCACAGGAGCUGAAAAUUGAGGCAGAGCCCUCCGAAACCAAUGAAGAGGACGACUUGAUGUUAGAACUGGGAAAAAAGAAAAGGAAGUCAAAGGCUGUGAAUUUCGACAUGGAUGACGACAUGGAAAUCAAAGAUGACGGUGAGUGUACCAAAUUUACAGGCUGGAUAAAAGCUAUAAUGUGUUUAAUGCAACCAGCAUGCAAACUGACCUUUGGCCUUUGUCAUACCUUGUGGUCUACAGCCCAGGAAGAUGAAGAUGGAAAGAACAUUGACGACAUCACAUUCAGCAGCACACAGUCGGGCCCUGCGUGGGCUGGCUCAGAGAGAGACUACACAUAUGACGAGGUACAAUCUGAGUCUGUGGAUCAAGAUAGACUUACUUUAAGAUUUUAGAGAAAUAUUACUCCGAAGUUAUUACCAACUGAACAGAAUAAAAUAGACUAGACAUUUUCAUAAGAGACCUAAGAUGUACGACAUGACGUCUGGUAAUCAUGACCUUAAAGAAAGGAAUGUUUAGUCACAUCUUCAUUUAGAAAAUGAAUUGGUCACAUCUUGUUGACUUGAAUGUCUUUUUAGUGGUGUUUCCUAAGUAUUUCUUCGUAAAAUCCAGGCUGACUCAUCUCCCUCCCUUGUAGCUGCUGAACCGCGUCUUCAACAUCAUGCGAGAGAAGAACCCUGACAUGGUGGCUGGGGAGAAGAGGAAGUUUGUCAUGAAGCCUCCCCAGGUGGUCCGAGUGGGCACCAAGAAGUCCUCCUUCGUUAAUUUCACAGACAUCUGCAAACUGUGAGAAUGAUAUGCCACUAGGCUUGGGCGACAUACCGGGGUAUUUCGAAAUACUGACAGUAUUAUUUUCAAUACUGUAAAAUUAAUCAUUAUUUUGGGGUUGGGUGCAUGCUACGCCACUGCUUAUAACUAUAUGUUAUAACUAUAAGAAAUCUAAGAUGUGUCAAAUAAAUUAUAUCCAGCUCAGAGCUCCAGCUAUGGAUUUGGUUUUCUAACUUGCUAGUAGCUAAGUGGCUAGAUGUAAAGAUCACAUAUCUUGGUUACAGUGGAGACAUUCAAUCCCCACCUGGAUCAGGAUCCCUGUUGCCUAAAUAUUUUUGUGCGUUCCAAUUUAUUUUAAACAUCAUUUUUUUUGGUAGUUCCCGUUGUGUGCAUUUCCGAUAAUACCGUAUACCCCAGUAUGGUACAGAAACGGUAUGACUGUAUGAAAAUCUGGACACCGCCCAACCCUAUAUGCCACUACCCUGGGAUCCCUUGAUGCCAUUUUUAGAGAUGUUGAGGUUUUAUGAUUUUCACUCUCACUUGUUGAAUCUCAUUAUUUUGCAUCAUUAGUCCCCUUACCCUCAUUUGCUCAUUUCUUGACAGGUUGCAUCGCCAGCCGAAACAUCUCCUGGCCUUCUUGUUGGCUGAGCUUGGAACAAGGUAAGGUUUGGGUCGGCAAGUGAAGAAAGACAGUUAUCAUGCUUAAAAAAUAAUUGUUAAAUUAAUGAGUGUAUGAAGGCUAUGGAUUCAUGGAUAAAACUAUUGUUUUUAUUGCAACAGUGGUUCGAUAGACGGAACUAAUCAGCUCAUCAUCAAAGGAAGAUUCCAGCAGAAACAGAUAGAGAAUGUCUUACGAAGAUAUAUUAGUAAGUGUUUUUGUUGACAAUGUUCCUACCUUUGUACACAUCUCUAUUUCAUUGAUAUCAUAUAAUUGCAUGAUGAUAUAAUUGCAGGAUGAUGAUUAUCUACUGUACUUACAAAAAUGUGUUUAAUAUGAUAGGGAUGCGACAUCAUUCGCAAGCCAUGUUCAUGACAAGACCUGCUAGUUAUGAGAUGUUUCUCCAGAGAUAACGUUAUGUCAACGCGUAGCGUAGGCUCUUUUAUUGCAUAUUGAAUAACUUAUUGUUAAGAUGAAUUAGAUAAAGUAGGUCCACUUCCCAGUCUCACCCCAGUGUUUCUUUCCCUCUCUUCACAGAGGAGUAUGUGACGUGCCAUACGUGCCGCUCCCCCGACACCAUCCUCCAGAAGGACACACGACUCUACUUCCUGCAGUGCGAGACAUGCCACUCCCGCUGCUCCGUCGCCAGCAUCAAGGCCGGUUUCCAGGCCGUCACGGGCAAGAGGGCACAGCUCCGCGCCAAAGCCAAUUAGGAUGGGGCAGGCUAGAAGCUUUUAUGGACUGUCUGUGGAUUUGUUACCGCUGCCUAUUGUAAAGAAAUUAAUAAAUCGCAUACCAUCUGUGUGAUCAGACGCAGUCUAUAUUUCCCAAUUUAAUCAUCCAUCACUAUUGAGGGCCAAGGUGAUGAACUUAAUGUGUUGUCUACUCUACUAUUUUGAAAUCAAUUAUUUUGUCCAGACUAUCCUUGUGUGUGCACCAGGCUUUCAAAAGAAAGCUCAGUGUUAUGAAUGGCGAAAUUGAAGGGCCGAUAUUAGGGUGCAUUCAAACCAGACAAACGGAUGCGUAUUAUUUUUUAUUCAUUAACAGAUUCACUACAUGGAACA